AUGUUCGCUCUUCUUUCUUACGCUACAAAUCUUUCGAUAAUCUAUACCGUUCUCACUCUAUCUCUCUACAUGCUCUCUCCUAUUGUUCCCCUCGCGGGUUUCUUCGCUCGUCUCCUCGCCGGUUAUAUUUCCCUCGUCCUCUGCGCUUGUUAUGGAGUCUUCAUAUCUAUUCUCCUACGUCUCGUAGGAAAUUAUCGCAUAUCGCAAUGGGCCGUCGCUCGCGCGUUCAAAUGGACAAUGUGGUUAACUACCGGCGUAACAUUUGUCGUCGAAGAUCCGCACAAUUAUCUCGGUUCAACACGCCCCGCAGUCUUGAUCGGAAAUCAUCAAACCGAACUCGACGUACUCAUGUUGGGCUGUGUAUUCCCUCGAUACUGUUCCGUUACCGCGAAGAAGAGUUUGAAGAAUGUGCCGUUCCUGGGCUGGUUUAUGAGUUUGAGUGGAACGGUAUUUAUUGAUCGGGGUAAUGCGAAAGAUGCGCGACAGGCUAUGGCGGGUGCAGCAAAGGAAAUUAGGGAGGAAAAACAAAAUGUUUACAUGUUUCCGGAAGGAACGAGAAGUUAUGCAAAGGAUCCAACUUUGUUGCCUUUUAAGAAAGGAGCUUUUCAUUUGGCGGUUCAAGCGGGUGUGCCGAUUAUACCGGUCGUGGUCGCUUGUUACAGUAAUGUUUUGCACGUUCAGAGCUGGCACUUCAAAUCGGGGAGGAUACCGGUUAAAGUUCUGAAACCAAUCGAGACGAAAAAUCUCACUUCUGCGGACGUCGAGGAUUUGGCGAGAGAUACGAGGGACUUAAUGUUGAGGGAGUUGGUAGCUUUGACUUCAAAGACAGAGGGAAAGCCGAUAGCUAUGCCGGCACAAAAUGCGGAUGGAGUUGUGAAAGCUAGUGGAAGGGAGCCGCAAGUGGAACAUCAUAUACUAUGA